UCCAUAACUCAAACUCAAAAAAUAAACGAAAAACAAAAAAAAGAGUUACUAGAUUCUGAAAACGUUUUUGAGCGAUAUUUUGUAAACUGCCGUACUUCGUAUAAUAUUUUCUUUUAGACAUGAUUUAAAUUACACAAAAAUGUGCGUGUUUGUUUUGUUCUUGUGUAGAACAACUUGAGAACUUAAACAAAGUUAAAGAAAAGAAAAGUUGCAAAAGCCGCGUGGGUCCUGAUCUUUUGUGUAGCAUCGUACAAUAAUAACUUAUUGUUAAACAUGAAUACGUUUAAGGAAAAAGACAGAUUCUAUUACUUUAAGUAGAUGAACUAAAAUGGAUUUAAAAUUUCAACGUUUCUGGCCAAUUUGGGUGGCUGCAAAUCAACCUCUAUUACCACCAGCGAUUAAUGUUCAAUAUAAACAACGAAUUCAUCAUCAACCAAAGCACGAGCAAUAUCAGCCGCAGUACGAAGACCAAUCAUUGAAACAAAUAAAUUCAAUGUUAGUUUUAUUUCAUUAGCAUCAUCAUUAUUGGCCUAGAGCAUCAUAUUAUAGAAAUUUUAGUCAAAUUAAUAUGCUUAGUUCAUUUUGAAUUGAAGUUUGGGCAAUGAUAUUUAGUAAUCAUUCAAAGAAACAGUCAUAUUCGUCCAAAGAAGCAGAACGCCGAGAAAGAACUUCCAAACUAGAUAGGCAAGAUAAAAGAAGUACAAGCAUAGGAGAAAACAAAAUAAAUUGUCAACAGAAUCCAGAUCAGAAUUUAUCUUCUACUACUUCUAAUUGGAAUGACUCAUCGUCUAAAGUAGAAAAUAAUGACAACUUAACUAAACAUCAAAAGAAACUUAUAAGGUUCAAUUUACUAAACGGUAUAUUUGGCCGAUCGUUAGGAAACAUAGAAACAGCAAAACGUAGAUCAAUUAUCACAUCAUCAACUUUAGAGGCCCAAGAAGAAGCAGUACCUACAUUAUCAGUUGCUUCAUCUAGAUCCAAUCAUCAAUGGCGUCAUGGUCAAUAUUAUUACGUGAAUAUUCAGCAGCCAUAUAGUAAUAAUUUUGAUAGUCAACAUUUUAAAAAUAAUGCGGUUUAUAGCAAAUUUGUCCCAAAAUCUCAGCAAUCACCAUCACCAUUUAUAUCUCGUUCUUUAUUUGAUCUAUCUAACAUUGGUGUUAUAAGUCAGCAAUUGCCAUUGUUUGGUGAAGUGCAGCAGAAUUCAAAGCUAACAUCCAAUAAUUUGUUUGAUUGUCGUUCUUAUUCUUUCUCCGACAAAGCAGAGAAUAAUCAAGAAAAGUCAGAAUUUAAUACUACGGCUUAUAGUUGUGGUGCUAAUAAAACAAUCCCACUUUCUGUUCGCUCUCGUUUCUGUGGUUACAGGAGUCAUCAAUUAUUAUAUGAAAGUAAUACAAAUGCAAGUAAAUAUAACUUUUCUAUACUACUAUCGAAUCCGAUAUCGACAUCUUUAACCACUCUUAGUGAGGAACAUGAAGAAUAUAAUGUUUUUCCAAAGAAUUCAAUAUUUAAUUUGCACUCUUCGCGUAGAUCUAAUUUAAGAUUAAACCUUAUUAACUUUUCAGAACAAUCGUUGUCAAGAGAUCGAGAAAGCGAGCUACUUUCUCCAGUUCUAAGUUUCCCCUUACGUUCAACUAUUCCACUGCCCUCGCCUUCUAUAUCGCAUAAGAGUUUAUCCUUAGAUGAAUGUCGCUAUAAAAAGCAGCUGCGGAACGGAUCAUUUUAUGGAAAUAGUAUUUUCGAGAAUCUAGAUCGUCAUACAAAUUAUAUUAAUAAAUAUUACACUAGAUACGAAAAUGAAGAUGACGACGACUACGUCGAUGAUAUCGAAGAAGAUCAAGAUUUAGAUUUCAUUGAUAGUGAGGAUUUUGUUGAUGAACAAGAAAGUCAAUAUAACGAAUUGACACUAAAUUCAAAAGAUAAUCAGAAUCAAAAACCUAACCAAUAUCAAAAACAAGCACAAUUCAAACGAAAAUAUAAUACAAUUCAAUGCGGAUCAUCGUCAUUUGUAAAUGAAGAGGUCAGCAAUAACGAAAUGUUGGAUUCAUCAUUGUCACAACACCAUCUCUCACAACAGCAACAAUCGCAAACACAAAAUCACGUUCAUCGAACCACUCAGAGUCUAUCUAAUAGCACCCUAAAUAGACCAACUUCACCUACUAAUAGGUUUUUAAAUGACAUUGAAUCAGAUCUCGAUACUAUCGUCCCCAGCAGUAUUUCAUUAUCGUCGUCCUCUUCAUUAAGUACAAAUAAUAAAAUUGAUAAAACAUCAUCGACCUCGUUGAAUGACAAGGGCUGUGAGACAUUACCGCAUUUUAUGAACAACAACAAUCAUUGGAAUAACGGAGACUCAAACUCAAGUUCUAUUAGUAGCAGCUCUUUUCGCCCCAUAAAUAAAUUCUCGUCGUCACUCCCGUGCAAUAAUAAUAUAAAUCGUUCUGGUUUUCCAAUUGCUGUUGCCAAAUCAAAUUCAAAUUCAAAAGUCAAAAUGGUGGGUACUGAGCAAACUCAACAGCAGCAAUCUCAUCAUAUUCACCAUCAUCAUCAUCAUCACAACAGUUUACCAACAGUUGCUGCUGCGGUAGGAAGUAUAGCAGCAUCGUCCAACAACGAUAGUUCCAACAAUAUAAGUUCAAUGCUUGGUCAACAAUGUGUCUCCUAUUUACAUUCGGACACAGGAGCGGGAGGAACGAAUAUGGCUACAAAUAGUAAUAAUGUUAAUAAUCAAGGCAAUCAGCAUAUUCAAUCGUUAUCCAAUGAAGGAACCAAUAGACUAAAUGAUGAUAUUGAUCAACCCUUGUCAGGUGGAUUUAUAUCAAACGCGAGCACAUCGUUGUCUUCAAUUGCUACUUGCAAUUCUUCAUCAAUGCCUGAUAGUGUAGUUUGCGGUGGAAAUAAUGGAACGAUUACAAUGCCUAAUUCAACAGAAGUGUCACCACAAGCGACAAACAACAAACACUCUACAGCAGCAAUAACGGCAACAGCCACAGCAACAACAUCAUCUAUCUGUGUGUUUUCAUCGGCUACAACAUCCGGAACAACUGCAACAGCAUUGUCAACUAGUAUGGUACGAGUUGAUGGAAGCAAAUAUCCACUGCAUGAACAAAUUAUAAUGUCUGGUCAGCAGAAAAGCGCCCUUCAAGAGAAACCAAAACCUCUAGUGGUGUCGCCACAACAAGUUAUGGUCCUUUACAUGCACAAGCUCACACCAUAUGAACGAACUGAAAUAUUAGCAUAUCCCCAAAUUUAUUUCAUUGGUGCAAAUGCUAAAAAGCGACCCGGGAUUUUUGGUCCUAAUAACUCUGAUUAUGACAAUGACCAAGGUGCCUAUAUUCACAUACCCCAUGAUCACGUUGCAUACCGAUAUGAAGUAUUGAAGAUCAUCGGCAAAGGCAGCUUUGGUCAAGUGGUAAAAGCUUACGAUCAUAAGACUCAUGAGCACGUGGCCUUAAAAAUGGUUCGAAACGAAAAGCGUUUCCAUCGUCAGGCCCAAGAGGAAAUAAGAAUACUAUAUCACCUACGCAAGCAGGACAAAUAUAAUACUAUGAAUAUAAUCCACAUGUACGACUAUUUUACAUUUCGUAAUCACAUGUGCAUUACGUUUGAAUUGCUAAAUAUAAAUCUGUACGAGCUGAUUAAGAAAAACGGAUUCAAAGGAUUUAGUUUGCAAUUAGUACGAAAGUUUGCUCACUCAUUGCUGCAAUGCUUGGAUGCGUUGUAUAAAAAUAAAAUAAUUCAUUGUGAUAUGAAGCCUGAGAAUGUGUUGCUUAAACAACAAGGCCGUUCUGGCAUAAAGGUUAUUGACUUCGGAUCAUCUUGCUAUGAAAACCAACGAGUUUAUACAUACAUUCAAUCACGUUUCUACAGAGCUCCCGAAGUAAUAUUGGGAGCAAAAUAUGGAAUGGCGAUUGAUAUGUGGUCGCUGGGAUGUAUUUUGGCUGAACUGUUGUCGGGCCAUGCUUUAUUUCCGGGUGAAAAUGAAGACGAUCAAUUGGCUUGUAUUAUUGAAGUAUUGGGAAUGCCUAAUAAGAAUAUCCUAACCAAUGCGAAACGCACAAAGAACUUCUUCAAUCCAAAGGGCUACCCGCGGUAUUGCAUGGUCAGGACAAUGCCUGAUGGUAAGGUGGUACUGAUUGGCGGGCAUUCCCGUCGCGGUAAACCUCGUGGCCCGCCAUGCUCGAAAAGUCUAUCAAAAGCAUUGGACGGUUGUAAAGAUCCAUUGUUUUUAAAUUUCAUCCGCGGGUGCCUUGAGUGGGAUCCAGAGAAGCGUCUAACCCCUGCUGAAGCUCUCAAACAUCCCUGGUUACGGCGACGGCUUCCACGACCGCCACAUGGUGAACCAAUACCAGUGACAAGUGGCGUUAGCGGUGGAAGUAGCUGUGUUGAAGGAACUGUUGAGUGCACCAGCAGUGUAGCAGCAUUAUCCGCGAACGCAUUGGUUGUGACAUCGUGUGCUACUCAUUCUUCAUCAAGUAUUGUGUCUGCUGAAGCCAGUGAACGAUGGGUCAGUAGCAGCAAUAGCACCUGCAAUAAUAUAGCUGUUGCACCUGGUAAUUUAACAUUCUGUGAGCCUAAUGAACGAUGGUUCAACAGCAGCAAAACCAGCUGUAACAAUAGUACUGUCAAGCUUAAAAAUGCAAUUCAAUUACCUUCUUCAGCUGCCAACGGCGGCAUUGGUUCUAGUAGCGGCGGUGGCGUCGGCGGCGGUGGUGGCAGCUCAUCAUGUAGCAGCUCUAGCAAAACAUCAUUUAAUCAAUACACAAUGAGUUUAAAUAAUAGCAUGGCUCAAUCACAAUUUGAUGGUACAGUUUCUUCAGUGCCCGCCGAACACCUUGCCAAACAAAGUUUAUCAAAAGCCUGCGGUGGCGUCAAUCUAGCUGCUUCUGUAGGUAACUCAUCAUUUUCAUCUCAACAUCAACAACAGCCACAAACUAAGCAAACUCGGCAUUUAUACCAUCACAAUCACCACCAUCAUCAUACCACCCACUCGCAUCAGCAUCCUCAUAUGGAACAGCCUGUCUUACAUCAUCAUCAAAACACAGCUCACCUUUCAAUUUGAUCUCAAUGAUUUUUGGAUAGAAUCUUAAAACCUACGGUGGAAAAAAUAAAACAAAAAACAGACAGAUAAAUGUAACGAAAUAACAGUUAACUAAAAAUGUUAACAAAGAAGAUUUUGUAGUCAACAGUAAAAAUAAUAACUUAGUUUUAAGACAUUUAAAAAGCAAGAAGAAUAACUAUAUUCUACAUUGUUAAGACUUGUAUAUUCGUAGGUUGGACGAACAACUUUAAUUACUAUUAGAAUUUGGCUAAGUAUUUUUUUGGAUUUAUGUUUAUUUGGAACCGUUGCGAUUAAAUAUAAAGAUUUUUUUUAAGCCAACCUACGAAGUGUAUAUAAAAGAAAUAUGAGAGCUAAAAAGUGAGAAAACCCCGAAAUUUAGCCCGUUCCUUAUACAACACACUCAUUUAUUCUGAUGUAAAUCUUAAUUUGAAAAACAAUAAUUAUUUAAAUACAUGGGUAUAAAUAUUCGAAAUCGCCCAAUAAGUAAUACUUAAAAUGAUGAAGCAAAGUAUUGUUCAUAAACAAAAGCAAAACACAACCUUCAUAUAUAAACAUUUAUAGCUAUUUAUAUAAAAUAAUCCGCAAAAGCGUUUUGAAUAAUAUUAAUUUAAAAAAAUGAUAAUUGAUUAAAAAAAGAAAGUCAUAUACUUUUCUUGUGAUGAUGGUCUCAUUUUAAUAUAUAUGUACAUUAUAUUAACUACUUUGCCUAAAAUUUAUAUGCUGUCAGUUGCUGUUUAAUAGUAGUGUACUAGUCUUAAGAGGUUUAUAUAUGUCUUGCGGUAUAUAUACAUAUAUAUAUACGAUAUUUAUGUACAGCUACAAAAACGAAACUGAAAAGCUUAUUUUAAUAAUUGAAUCUACUUUAUACUUUGUUCUUAUUAUUUCUUUUAAAUACAAACAAAAUUAAUGUAAUCUUAAUAAUCCUUUAGUUUCAUUAUUUAGAACAAAAACGAAAAAGCUUAUUUUAUUAAAUGAAACUACUUUAGUCAUUGUUCUUAUUAUUUCUUUUGAAUACAAACAAAAUGAAUGUAUGUUUGAUCUAUUUUUUAGUUUAUAUCAUUUCAUGUAAGCAGUUCAUAAAAUUUAUAAAAAUAAAAAAAAUCAAUACAAAAAUAUAAAAAUAUAAGCAUCUUAUCACUGCCGUAACAUCUAAUGCAAAGUAGCUUACAAUUAAGAUCCCUCGUGUGGUGAUAAUAUUAAUAAAAAAUUAAAAAAAUACUUGUAUGACUUCUAAUAUAAUAUAAUGUACACAUAUAUGUAUGUAUAUAUGUAUAUAUGUAUAUAUAUAUAUAUAUAUAUAUAUAUAUGUAUAUAUAUAUAUAUAUAUAUAUAUAUGUAUAUUAAUUAUAAAUACAUAUGUGAAUGAACUUAUUUAUUCAUUAUUAUUAGUUGGCUUAUUUGGUUUUAUUUUAGUUUUUUUUUAACUUGGCAGCAUACACAAAAUAAAUUCACAACACAAAAACUACACCAUUUAUAUCUUUUACUAAAAUAAUGUAAAUACAAAAAUAUUAUCAUAACCUGUAGUUGGUUAAGUAAAGGUAUAAACGAAAAACAAUAUGCUCUCUCUUUUAUAUUCUAAAUUAAUCUUGUUUAACAUAAAUUAAAAAGGAGAACAAAGACCCGUAUCUUUAUUUAUUUGCGUCCAGUACUCAAUUAUUAUCUAGUUUGGUUUGAUUUUUUUUUGCAUUUGAAUUUAAUUGUUUUACAUUGAACAUUGAAAUAUUUUGUUUUGUAUUUGAAUAAUGAAUCAAAUUUGUCCAUAAUUAAUUACAACUUUGACUUCAUGAUCGUUUGAUCAAAUUUUAUUCUUAUACUAUGCGAUCGAACUCAUUUCUUUAAUUCAAAUGAAGAUUUAAUCCUUAUUUUCUUUAAUCUCUCAUCUUUGAAAAUUUUAAUUUUGUAUUUAUAACACAUUAUAACUUUUCAUAUUUACUAUUAUUAACUACAUUUGUCUCUUAAGAUUCUCUUGCGUAAGAAACACGCUCUUUUAUUUAAAAAAUCAGUUAUUGAUGGACGCAAAUAAAUAAUUCCCAUUACAAGGUAAACUAUUAUAGAUUAUUAUUUGCUUUUUUUUUUUCGUUUGUUUCAAAAUGAGAAAACUUAUGUUUGGUGUUAUCGUGUCUUAAAAAUGUAAUGUAAUUUUUGUCUAGCUUAUAAAAAAAAACUAAAUUAAAAAAAGUUGUUCCCUAUCGACGAAUUUGUUUUUAAAGUAAAAUAAAGGAAAAACAAGCAAACAUUUAGUUUAUUUGUGAUAUAAUCUAAUAUAAUACAACAUGUGAAACUUAAAAGUUACUUAUAAAAAACAAAAUGAAUCUUGUAUGUAUAUGACGUAGUGAUGAGUUUUGCCUCUUGUUAGUUAUAUAAGUUUCAUAACUUAAUUAACUGCCUUUACUUUUUUACUCAUUGAAAUUAAUUAUUAUUUUCGAUUUUGGUUAGCUUGCAAAAUCGUAUUUAAAUAUUUAGAAUUUAAAUAUGUUAAUGAUUUUAUUGUAGAUAGAAAUAAGUUAUUUUUCUUAAUUUCGUUUUCUUGUUUUGUUACUAUUUAGCAAUUAAAUAUAAACUGAUUACUGUCGAUAGAAACGUGUUGUUUCCUUUAAAAAAUAAAACCAAGAAAAUAGGCAUACAUUAUAAUAUGUGUCUCAAAGAUUCGGCAUCUCAUUUUUAUUUAAAGGGAAUUAUCUUUGUAUGAAGUCUAGUUAACUCGUUUAUAAUCGUCUAAAUAUGAUUUACUUGCCUAGCAGAAUGUGAUCAUGCCAUAUUUUUAUCGAUCUCAAGCAUUUAAACCCCACAAAAAUGUGAAUAAAAACUUCGAUAUAAAUAAUGACGACACUAAAAGACCAGGAUAUAAAAAAAGGGAUUUCGCAAAAUAACAUUUCCUUUAAGACUUGUUUAUUUUUAUUCUCUUAGCUUUGGACCAUAAUAUGUUUCCAUCGAAGUUAAUAAUGCAGCAUAACGAAAAAAGUAUGUCGCUACUAACGGUAUGCAGCACUUUUUAAAUGAAUUGUUAUUGAAGCAGUUUUUAAUGGGGUAAAGAACUUGCUGCAAGGAAGGCCGUAGGUUCUCUCCUAAAUAUCGGCAGACUACUGCAAUUAUUCUGUUAGAAAUAGUUAUGCUUGAAAAGAGAAUCGAGAGACUUUUAACUUAAAUAUGAGUUACUUUAAGGUGAUGCAAUUUUGACGUCAAACUUUUGUUGUAGUUGGUAGAAAACUUAACUUAUGGUUGUUCUAACCUAGAAUGAUAAAUGUUUGCCAUAAUGGUGAUUUUUUUCUUUUCUUAGCUUUGCAAAAACUUAUUAUAUAAUAAUAAAGCAUUUUUGAGUGAUACACUUACUCAGGCAUGAUAGCAGCAUUAAAGAAAAUAAACGAUGUUUGAUAUCAUUUGACGCUUUAUAUACAAAUUUAAAUAAUUCUGAACAAUUUAUUUACAUCGAACAAAAUUCAUUUAUUUUUUUUAAUUCCCCUUCUUAACAUAUUUUAGAAUUCGGCCUCCCGCGAUAGAUGAUAAUUUUGGAGUUAAUCAUCACACUCAAAUAUUUAUAAAUCUUUUAAAAAUAUAUAAAAAACAA